AUGGCAUCCGGCCACGUUCUCCGCUUUCCCCGGUCGGAUAGGGAAGGCGCUUUUGUCAUCGUCCAGGCUACGCCAACUCGUUCCAAGGCUCUGGAUGUCAAGUUGGUGGGAACCGAUGGCGUGGAGCCGUAUGCUGUCUCAUUGCGUCAUGAUAAGAUCGCGUCUCUUCGUGUUAAGAACAGUCCCUGUUCGGAGGAAGAAUGGGUCUCAAUUUUGACUUCCGUCAUCAGCCAAGAUCCAGCCAACGACGUUGAGGUUGUCGCCUCUGUCGAGGACGAAUCAUCCAUCACCCUUACUGUUAGAAAAAAGGGGAAGGAAUUUUCGCAACGUCUCGGCGCCAUCGAGUUGAGCCACAGCCCGCGUGAACUGAUUGAGCUGUACGACUGGUGUGGCCUGUCGGUACAAACCGCCAACGAGGCGAAGGAAGCUCUAGCUUCAGCGACCGCCAAAGCCAGUCAGCUCGAGGAAACCGUGCGCGACCUCCAAGCACACCUCGAGGAGCUAGUUGCUGCCAAGGAGGCCAAUGAGACGGAAUUGCUAGAGAAGUUCUGUCUCUUGUUAAACGAGAAAAAGCUCAAGAUCCGCCAGCAACAACUACUUUUGGCAUCUGUGUCCGCCAACCCGGGGAGAUUAGCGUCGCCCGCCGUCAAGGAGGAGAACCCAACGCAGGAACCAAACCUGCCCCGCCAAAGGGCCAAGCGUGCUCCCGCCAAGUCACGACAAUCGAAGAGAAAGGAAGCACCCGCGCCAAUUGAAGAAGAUGACUCCGACGAUGGGUUUGAGAGAAUGAACGUUGACUCUGCCGCAAAAUCAGCCACGAAUGCGUCUGACCAGGAACGGGAUACUACCGAGGAUGAGGACGCAACCGCCAGUGAAGAUGAGGACGACGAGCCGGUAGUAGCAUCUUCAUCAUCUACAACAGCACCGGCCAGGCAGCCUUUGCCAGCUAGGGAGAAGCCCAAGCCAGCAAAUGUUGAAGCACCCCCGCCGAAACGCGAGUUGCCUUUUGCGAAAAAGAAGCAGGCUCCAGCCAAACCGCCUCCGCCACCUGCAGGCAGCGAAACUGAAUCUGAUGAUGAGCUGUGA